CCAAUUCACUACUCCAGGUCUGCGCAAUUUUUGCAUUUAAUUAGUGGAAAAAUUGUUGUAAUUUUUGUUUUGAACAACAAAAAAUUGUUAAGAAGUGAUAAACAAUUUUCGGGGAGAUAAGUGCCGCUUGGAGAUUCGGAUUUAGCUACUUGCUUAUUGUGUUCCGGUUGUAAUUCAUGUAAAAAUGAUGUGUUAAAUACAGCGCAGUGCAACAACGCCUUGGCAAAUGAACAAGAGUUGUCGAGUAGAUAUAAAUGAAGGAGCCCCCACUGAAACCCAACCCUAAUGCAAAAACAAAACAUAUAGUACGAAAAAUUCUUGAAAUUUCUGUAAAAAGUAAACGUAGUUGUUAAGCUGAAAUAAUUGGACAAAAUACUUGAGGGAUUUAAAUCCGCAAUUUUUACGCCCGCAAUAGUUGGAGAGGAUAUAGAGUGAUAGAAAAUAGUGCCGAAAACCCCCUACAAAACAAACACAAGUACACAAAGCCACCAAAGAUGGAUGCCGAAAAGAACGGUGGUAGUGGUGGAGGAGGUGGAUGUCAGGAGACCAAAGUGAUCUAUCAUAUUGACGACGAGACGACACCAUAUUUAGUUAAAAUCCCCAUAUCAUCUUCGCAAGUAACAUUGAGGGAUUUUAAGAUGGUGCUAAAUAAACAAAACAACAAUUACAAGUACUUUUUCAAGUCCAUGGACGCAGACUUUGGUGUAGUUAAAGAAGAGAUUGCAGACGAUUCUACAAUAUUGCCGUGUUUCAAUGGAAGAGUUGUGUCGUGGCUGGUGUCUGCUGACGGUACAAAUCAGUCGGACAAUUGCUCCGAUAUGCCCAAUAGCGAAUGUGGGGAAAUUCGCCAGACAGUGAGGCCAGCCCAACCCCCACCCCCACCGCAAAAGAUAGGUGGCUCAGGUACAAUGAGCGUUGGAGUUGGAAUGGUUACGCCUGGGAUUAUGACAAAUCCGAUGAUGCAGCCUCCGCCACCGCUUACAUAUCAAUCGGCAUCUGUAUUGUCAAGUGAUCUUGACUCCACCAGCUUAUUUGGCACAGAAUCAGAGGUAACGUUUGAUCGUGAUCUAACAGACUACAGCAGUGUUCAGCGGUUACAAGUUCGUAAGAAGCCACAGCGUCGUAAAAAACGAGCUCCAAGCAUAUCGCGAACUUCAAGCUACUCAUCAAUAACAGAUUCCACAAUGUCCCUGAACAUUAUCACUGUCAACAUUAACAUGGAAGCGGUAAAUUUCCUGGGCAUAUCAAUUGUGGGCCAAUCAAAUCGUGGGGGUGACGGUGGCAUUUAUGUUGGUAGUAUUAUGAAGGGUGGUGCUGUUGCCCUUGAUGGGCGUAUAGAACCCGGUGAUAUGAUUUUGCAGGUGAACGAUGUAAAUUUUGAGAACAUGACUAACGAUGAAGCCGUCAGAGUACUGCGAGAGGUUGUUCAAAAACCAGGCCCCAUUAAACUCGUUGUGGCGAAGUGUUGGGACCCAAAUCCCAAGGGUUAUUUCACCAUACCACGUACCGAACCUGUUCGACCAAUUGAUCCAGGUGCAUGGGUUGCACACACACAGGCCCUUACUUCGCAGGAUAGCAUAAUACAUCCCGAUAUUCCCGAGCCGAUUAAGGAGCGUCUUGACCAAAACAACUUGGAGGAAAUUGUGAAGGCAAUGAUUAAACCAGACAGUGGCUUAGAAAUUCGGGAUCGCAUGUGGCUGAAAAUUACAAUACCAAAUGCUUUCAUUGGGGCGGAUGCCGUUAAUUGGGUGCUGGAGAAUGUCGAAGACGUUCAGGACCGCCGCGAAGCCAGGCGUAUUGUAUCGGCCAUGCUGCGCAACAAUUACAUCAAACACACGGUCAAUAAACUAACGUUUUCCGAACAGUGCUACUAUGUGGUUAACGAUGAUCGCAAUCCACUACAAUGUCGCUCGAAUUUAAGCCACGCGGAUACUGAGAGUAUCACCAGUGAUAUAGGCCCCCUGCCAAAUCCUCCCAUCUACAUGCCAUAUUCAGCCACCUACAAUCCAAGCCAUGGCUACCAGCCCAUACAGUAUGGCCUUACUGAACGCCACGGCCUCUCUUCUGGAUCCAGCAGUUCAGAUGUCCUCACCAGCAAGGACAUUUCGGCCUCACAGAGCGACAUAACAUCUGUAAUACAUCAAACAAACCAAAUGACCAUUGGCCAUCAUGGUUCGAACAAAUCGUCAGGUUCAUCCAAUCGGGGUGGUGGCAACAUCAACAACGAACAGGACUCGUCAGUCUUCAACUAUGUGUUGUAGGACGAGGAGGAUUUCCUCUCGGCCCGGAGGCGCAGAAGAGGACGUAACAUAAGGCAGGAACUGCAAUGAAAUUAUGUUUAUUACUCUUGUAUUACUUUCAAUUAUUGUCUUUUUUUAUAUUUUGCCUUUAAACUUUUCGAUACGUUCAACAAAAAGUAAUGAAGAAUGAAGAAAACUGAAAAGAGAACCAGUAUACCAGAUACAAAAUCAAUAUAUAAUUAUAAAUAUUAUUUAAUAGCAUAGUACAUACAUUAUUUACAUUUAAAUACAUCAUAUAAACAAGAAAAAAAAAAAACAAAAACAAAAACAAAACAACAACCACAAUAAAACCCAACAAAUAGUUUAUUAUACACAAAUUACAUUAAAAAAAAAACAUAAAACACAAUUAGACUUCAAACUUAAAACAUGACGUAUAACACACGCAACUAUUGUAAUAUUUCUUAAAAGAAAUUACCAUAAAAACCAUAUACCCCCCUCUCCCACACACACGUACACGGAAUCAUCAUUAGGAUCCAGCAUAAAGCAUCGUACCGCGGACUGAUCGGACGGACAGUUGACACAACAACAAUCUACAUAUAAACAUUUUGUAGAACUUCAAGCGAAAAA